ACGCUACUUCCGGUCACGUGACUGGCAGGCAGGCAGGCAGGCAAGAUGGCGCUGUCCAAGGCAUUAAUGCAAUGAGACCAUGCAAAGACGUGGAGUACACAUACAGAAAGAUAAUACGGGAAGAGUGUUCGCAGCCUGAGGAGGGGGGACACAGCAGGAUUUUUGCACAUUGACAUCAUGUUGAAUAAACUAGUAAUUGCGGAGUCGCUUGUAGUGUUCUGUAUUGUCCUAAGCAUUCACUCUGUGGUCUGGGAUCGCUUUUCAUGGUGUGCACUGGCCCUUGCUGUUCAAGCUUUCUACGUCCAGCACAAAUGGGAUCGGUUAUUACAGUCAAACGGAGCAGUAUUUCAGUAUCGUUCAUCUGCCAACAGUGGACUUCUCCCCGCUAGUAUGAUUAUUCCAUUACUUGGAAUUGUGACGAAAGAAAGAUGCAAAAUGUCUGGGAACGUCUACUUUGAACGGUAUGGGGUGGUAGUGGCUGCUACCGGUAUGGCCUUGGCUUACUUCUUGUCAAUCAUUGCCCUAGGCAUCACAAAACCUGUGCCAAAAAACACCUGCAUAGUGUCAGGGCUUAGUGCAUGUGCCAUUCUAUAUACCAUGAAACAUUCCCUGGCGGUAUCUGAAGUUAUUGAGGUUUUGGAAGUGCUCCUCAUCUUUGUAUACCUAAGCAUGAUUCUUCUAUACCUGCUCCCACGCUGUUUCACUCCAGGAGAGGCUCUGAUCAUCCUUGGGGGGCUAAGCUUUGUCCUUAACCAACUUAUCAAAAAAUCAAUUGGCGCUUCUAGUGGCAGAGGAGAACCUGCAGAUUACCUUCUAUUGAUGGCACUGGUUGCUUUGGUGGUCUUGGGAAUAAUCUUUUCUGCUCUUUUUUUCUUUAUGGACUCGUCAACUUGGACAUCUGCCCUGUUUUUUUACAUGAUGACCGCUGUUCUAGGUUUAGGUGUCUUUGUGCCGUGGCUGCAAUACCUCAUCAAGAGGCAUCCUAUCUUCUGGCUGUUUGAAUUCCUGGUGCAGACCAACACACGUCUCUAUCUCUUGGGGUCAUGGAUAGUCCUUGUUGUAUUUGCCUAUUCGGUGGUCCUGUAUCAGAAUUACAAGCGCUCCACAGAAUGCAAGAAGCUUCAAGUGUCCACGACUAUCCGCAAAUAUUUCCAUUUUCUUUCUGUAGCUGCAUAUAUUCCAGGAUUGAUAUAUGACCGACAGCUGCUGUUUGUGGCCUGCGUAGCUUCCGUGUCAGUAUUUGUCCUCUUAGAAUAUGUGCGUUAUUUCCGCAUCAAACCACUUGGGCAAAUCUUACGGAAUUUGUUUUCACUCUUUAUGGAUGAGCGGGACAGUGGACCUCUGAUACUGAGUCACAUUUACCUUCUUUUAGGGAUGUCCUUGCCAUUGUGGCUUUUUCCUAAAUUCUGUUCGGCUUCUAUUUCUGGGCCAUCUACGUUGCUCCCUUAUAGUGGGGUGCUGGCAGUGGGUGUUGGGGACACUAUAGCAUCAAUCUGUGGGAGCGCUUUUGGAGAGAUUAGGUGGCCAGGUUCUAAGAAGACAUUUGAAGGAACAACAAUGUCUGUGUUUGCUCAAAUCAUUGCCGUGGCACUUAUCCUGAUCUGUGACAGCAGUGUAAACAUGAGCACUGGCUAUAUUUGGAUAGUUGGAACCAUCGCACUGGUUUCACUUCUUGAGGCUUUUACUACACAAAAUGAUAACUUAAUAUUACCCCUCUACCUCUACAUAAUGCUUAUGGCCUAAGUGUAGCACAAUGAAAGCUAUUUAUAAAGUGCAAUUUAAUAGCAAGGGUCUAAAAAUGGUGCAAUCCAAGAAAGGUUAAAGCUGUGAAGUUACUAUAUUUAGAUGUUUACUCCCGAAUUGCACCUUAUAUAUAGUCCCUAUUUCCGUUUGAAAAAAAUACUGGUACUGAUCACUGUGUAGAACCAAACACUUUUUGAUCUGCUUUAAUUAUAAAAUGCUGCUUCUGUUACAUCUUGAUUUGAGACCCCCAAUUAAAUUGACACGUCAUCACCCAAAAUCUCCAGUGUCUGAAAUAACUGCAAGCAAUGAAGGGUUAUAUUUUUAUUAGCAUUGUUACUUAACAUGGAAGUUGGACUGUCAUAUUUUUUGCAUAAUACAAUUUUU